UUUGGAAAAUCCGCGGCACCGCAAAAUGUCCAAGAAGUACGGUCUAAUCGAGCGUGGUGCGAAUGCUGGACAGGCGAAAAAGCAUGCCGCCUUUGCCAGCGACUCGGACUCGGACGGUGAUGGAGCGGGCAAGGUGAAGAUAGAGCUGGGCGCGAACCAAAAGCGCCAAGCGGAAGCCCUGCAGAAGAAAGCGAUGGCCGAAGAUCCCAGCAUAUUCCAGUACGACGAAGUGUACGACGAGAUCGUGGAGAAGCGCGAAAAGGCCGCUGGCCAGAGUAAGGAGCAGGCGAAGGAACGGAAACCCAAGUACAUCGAGAAGCUGAUGGAGACGGCCGAUCGGCGCAAGAAGGAACAGGAACGCCGUUUGGAGCGGCAAGUACAGAAGGAGCGUGAAGCGGAAGGGGAACAGUUUAAGGAUAAGGAAUCGUUCGUCACCUCCGCCUACCGGGCCAAGCUGGAGGAGAUGAAGAAACUGGAAGAGCGGGAACAGCGUGAAGAGUACCUCGAGUCGAUCGGUGACGUGACCAAGCAGACCGAUUUAGAUGGAUUCUAUCGGCACAUUUACGAACAGAAGACCAUGAACGCCGAGGAGAAGGAGAGCAAAGAGCGCAAACUCGAGGCAGCAAUGGUUCCGGAAGAGAAAACCACGGACCAGGAACAGGAGAAGGAAAAGGAGCCCACGCCAGCCGCCAAGAGUAGCCAACGUUCCCGCAAGUAUCGGAAGCGAAAGUCAGACGAUGAAAAUGAGGAGCAGAUUGAUUCGGAAGCACCAAAAGAACGGACACACUUGCAAUCCAAUCUGGACGCUGAUUCGGACUUUAGCAUCGAUUCUGAGAGUAGCAGCGAGGAGGAGGAUGAGACACCCAAAGAGCAAAAGGAAGGGGAACGCAAAAAAGAGGACAACAAAGGCGAAAAACAGGAGGAAUCGAAUGGUCAUGCUAAAGGAACUGGCGAUAAGGAUGGCAAACGGGACGAUUCUAAAGAGGGUUCCGAGAAUGAUGGCGAUGCGUCCGGUCAGGAGGAACCGGUUGCCAAAAAACCGAAACCUCCACCGGUGGAUAUUUGGAAGAAGCGUACCGUCGGCGAGGUGUUUGAAGCGGCCCGGCAACGUUACCUCGAGAGGCGCCAGCAUGCACAGGAAGCUUGCUAAGGGCGCGUUCCUGUCCGAGCGGAGAAAAGCAGUGGCAUUUUCAAUAAAUUU